GAGUAGCCGCAUUAACAGGUAGCCGUUAGUUUAGCCCUGUUAGCCCGCUGCUUGGCUUCACCUUAGGUAGCGCACCACUCUGCUAAACGCCAGCGGUCGCAGUCAGUCUCACAAUGCGUCGAAGCUCGAACGAAGGACAGACCGACGGUGAGACUUGUACUUUAUGAACGGAAAAAGCUGAAAAUGGACAAGGAGAGCAAACUGUCCCCCGCUGCCCAGCCUUUUGUCUCUAAACCUCAAAGGCAAGAGAAGAUGGAGCAUGGGGAACUAACCACAGCCUCAUCACCCCCACUGAGGGUACCAAAUCUUCAUGUGGGCGACCAGAGCUCAAGAGGUCUGGCACUUCCAAGCCCAAAGCAGAGGCCGUUGACUGCCGAUGGGGUGCCAACAGGAAGAAGGGGUGAUAUUGCAACCAAACAUGGCUACAGUAACAGCCGGCAUGAAAGGCAGACCACUAACGGUAUUACCUACCCACGUAGAGAGAGGUCCCUAGGGGAUUCACAGAUGAGGACAUCAAAACAAAACAGUAACCCGCUGAGUCAUUCUAAGGACAAAAUCACAGGAUUGAAAUUUGUGGAUAUGCCAAAAAGAGGUUUUAGAGGUGCCAGAUCUGCCCCAAACUUUGUCGGGAGAUCCAAAUCGGCACAAGCCGAACCAGUCAAAUUUGAAGUGAAGAUGUCAGAUUUUCCUGAGUUAGCAGUUGUUGCACCAUGCAACACAGCAGCUUCAGUUCAGGCAAAAGCUUUCUGGGGGCCACCACCUCAGUCUCAGAGCCUUGAGGUCCAGAGACCAGUAUCUGCUGAGAAGACGUUGCCUGCCAGGAAAGGAACCACUUCAAAGCCUGACUCCCAUCAGCAUGCUUGUGAUGCGAGUCCUGUCUCAUUUGGCAUCCCACCAGGGCAGCCGCCUGGGGCUUCCUCCCUGACUGUUGGCUCUGGAUCUGUAGUGACUUCCUGGGCUAAUGUUGCCUCGCAGCCUCCAAAACAACCUGUGCCAAAAGAGAAGACAAUCAUCAACACCAGCACCAAGGAGGAAACAUCUGCUCCACAAGAGGAGGGAACAUCUGACAAAAAAAAGCGGCGGAAAAAAAAGAAGAAGCCCAAGAAUGCCGGUGAAGAUGCAGAUGGCCAGCCAGAUGAGCCGACAAUUCAACAGGAGCCUCCAAAGUUUGAGGAUGAAGAGGAAUUCCCAAACUUGGCUCUUGCUUUAGCUGGGGCCCCUAGGUUGCCAACCAGCAGCAAUAUAGGAAAACUAUGCAAUGAGGAAAACCAAAGAGAAGGAUCUCAGCCUCAGUCAGGUGACCAAAACAAGGAGAAGGCAUCCAUAGCAAAACCUUUACCCACAGAGACAUCUAAGAUUGGACAGAAAGCUGAGAAGGCUUCAGGGAAGAAGAGCAAGGUUCCUGUCCAGCUGGACAUUGGGGACAUGUUGGCUGUCCUUGAAAAAAAGCAACAAUCUCAGAAAGCCAAGCAGGAUGCUAAGCCAGUCAUCCUUUCAGUCGGUGGUGCACUGCCUGUUGGCCAUAAGCAACUGCCAGUCCAGAAAAAGCUGCCCUGGCAGCAGGAGAAAAUUGCCCACAACCCCCUGGACUCUACCAGUCCCUUGGUGAAGAAGGGCAAACAGAGAGAAGUGCCCAAAGCCAAGAAACCUACACCUCUGAAGAGGGUCAUUCUGAAAGAAAGAGAAGAGAGGAAGCGGAAUCGCUUGCUGGAGGAGAGAGGACUUCUCCCUGAAAAAGAUUCUGAACCUGCCGAUGACCCUGUAGCCCUAGAGCAGUGUCAACCCAGCGCUACAGAUGAGAUCAGCAGUCCUACAGGGAACACUGAGGAACAGCCUGAGGGCCAUGUGAUGAUACAAAUGGAGAGAGAGGGAGAUGGAGAGAGAGACGUGAACAGAGAGAAGCCUGGGGAGCGGGAAAUCAUCCAGGCACCGCCAUGCCCCCCCAGUCGCCCCAAAAUCCACAGCAGGAAAUUCAGAGAUUACUGCAGCCAGGUGCUGAGUAAGGAUGUGGACGAGUGCGCUACAGCUCUACUCAAAGAGCUGGUCCGCUUCCAGGACCGCCUGUACCAGAAGGACCCCAUGAAGGCUCGCAUGAAGAGGCGUCUAGUGAUGGGUCUUCGGGAGGUCCUGAAGCACCUCAAACUCAGGAAGGUCAAAUGUGUUGUCAUCUCACCGAACUGCGAGCGCAUCAAGGCCAAAGGUGGCCUGGAUGAGGCACUCCAUACCAUUAUCGACACGUGUCGGGAGCAGGGGGUGCCGUUCGUCUUCGCUCUCUCGAGGAAGGCGUUGGGUCGCUGCGUCAACAAGGCUGUGCCUGUCAGCCUGGUGGGCAUAUUCAACUACGAUGGUGCCCAGGACCAUUAUCAUAAGAUGAUUGAGUUAUCCUCUGAGGCUAGGAGGGCUUAUGAGGUGAUGGUGGAGAACCUGGAGCAGGCAGAUCAUGAGGAGAGUCCCAAUGAGCUGCAGCCCAGCACGGAGGAACAACCUUGCCCCGAUGCCACACAGCCUGAGGAACCAGAGUACAUAAAACUCUGGAAGAAGAUGCUGGAGAAGGACUCCAACCACAAGUUUUUGAACUUCGAGGAGCAGCUAAGGGCCAUGCACCUGGUCACUGAUAGCCAACAGUUUGAUGUAGAUGAGGGGAGCUGACAGCGGAGAAACCUCAUAUGCCUGAAUCGGUGGUUUCCAGCCAUGUUCUACGAAGGGACAGGUGUACACAGGUUGAAUUUCAAACCAAAACUAUACCAGCUGGUUUCUCAGAUUGGCACAGUUCAGAACCUUUUAGUGAAAUCAGCUGGUGCAGCUGAAAUCCAUGAUUCCCUUUGGCCUUGAAUGGUACACAAUUGGAUUUCAUAAACUGUGAAAAAGUGAGAACUAACUUGUGCUGAUCCACCAGCCUUGAAGGAAACACGAAGUGAUAGCAUAGUACAAGCAUCCAAGGUGAUCUACCAUAGUGGUUCUCAAUCUGGGGUCAGGACCUCAAGGGAGUCACCAGUUGUCCUGUCAGACCAAUCUCAUGCAUCGAUUCACUCUAAAAACUGGUUCUGGCCCCCCCUCACAUUGAGAGCCAUUUCAAAAAGGCAGACUCUUUCAAAAAGUGGACAGUCCAACCACAGCUUUGAAGACUACUCGAUGUGAACUAUGCAGUUUACAUGCACUGCAGUAGAAUAGUAAUGACCCUUGGGGCAGUGGUGAAUAACGAUUGUAUUGAAGAAGUCAUUAAUUGAAUGAAUUCAUACAACGUGCAGUGUGCAAGUGUGUGUUGUGAACGCUUUGUAAAAUUUUUGACUUCUUUAGCAGCCAUUAAUGUUUUCUGCUCUGUUGUCUCAACCAUGUGGCCCCCCAUGGAUCAAUCUGUAAAGCUGUGAUUGGAUUGUCUACUUUAAAAAAAAGAAAAAAAAGGGUCUUAUUAUUUGAAAGUAAAAUCACAAUCUCUAGAACAGUGAUGCUCAAUCAUGUUACAUUUUGCUAAAUAACACACCUUCAGCCAGACAGGAAACAAAAUCAAUGAAAUCAGCAGGUGGAGUGUUUGGUUGGAGUCAUGUACCCUCCACACCACAUGAUGGAGUAUCACUGCUCCACACCAAUGCAGUUGACUUGGUAUGGCUAACGAUACUAGGUCACAAGAUGAUUAACAUAACAGAAAAAGUCAAAUAAACAAAGUUUAUAGUCUCUGUGAAAUAAAUGCAUUCCUUUUGUGCAUUCUACGUAGAGUUCCUCCUCCAAUCAUUCAAGUAUCUUGUAAAAGUGGAGUAGUGUUAAUUUUUGCAUUCCUACUUGCUUGUACUUGCAGGAGAUUUUGAGAAGGCGUGUUUUUGUUUUCGGAGGUAGAGGUUGAGAAUCACUGUCCUAAUGGGACCAAACCAAUGAAAUAAAGAGGCGAUCCCUUGAACUGGCUUUGUGGAAUAUGUGCUGUGCCAGAUGUGCCUAGAACAUCAGUUACAUAUACCAACAACAUGCCCACAAUUUCAGAUGUUGGAAAUUAUGAUGGCCUUUGGAUUUACACACCAGCCUCAUUGUGUGGGUUUUGUUGUAGAAAUGGCAAUACUGUGGAGAAACAUCCAUUUUGCAGCCUGUCAUCAUUGAUUUUGUCUUUAUUUUUCUGAAUCAUGAAUCUAUGUAGUAUACAGAUUCUCCCAGAUUUCUCUCUGCACUGGAAAUAAAGCUC